CAUUAAUAAUAUAAAGAUUACGGAGUAUAGUGGUUGUUUUUGUUACUUUUUUUCGGUGUAAAUUACACGAUUUGUAAUUAAGGAUUUGAUAAUCGAUUUCACUAAUUGAUUAAUUAUUACAAAAUGCCAAAUUGUCCAAAGUGUGAGAAACCUGUUUAUUUUGCUGAGCGUAAAACCUCAUUAGGUAAAGAUUGGCAUAGUGGAUGUCUACGAUGUGAAAAAUGUAAUAAAACAUUAGUGCCAGGAUCACAUGCUGAACAUGAGGGUAAACCAUACUGUCACAAUCCAUGUUAUUCAGCUCUUUACGGACCUGGAGGUUUUGGUCGUGGAGGAGCUGAAAGCUAUGUAUAUAAAUAAUUAACAUUAAGAAUUUAAACAAACUGUUAUUUUUUAUUUAUUUAGUUUAUAAACACAUUACAUUCCCCCAUUAACAAGAUUGCAUAACAUGUUCAUUUUAUUAUAUAACUAUUUUAAUAAAUUAAUUUCAUAAAA